CAUGGGGGAAAUGGUAGUGUUUCUUCGGAUUAUAUCGGACAGCCCCCUUACCACCGAGGAUUUGGAGAAUCUACUGUCCGAAGCCAAGAGCCGACUAGCACCGCAGUCAUUCUCAGUGAUGACACCGUCCCCAUCACCCUGCAGGCCAACUCAGGAGGAUUCACUCCAACAGCUGCCAAGGGUCCUUGUUAAUCAAAUUCUGCAGGUUUUGGACAGCGCGCAGCGGGCCCACUGCCGGCGAGUGUGUUCACUGUGGGAUGGUAUACUGGAGCAUCACUGCGUUGAGGUCGUCGUGUCGUUCUCCCACCAGCGCUGCGUUGAUGAUCGAGGUCGGCCCAUCACUCCCCACGAGGUAGAGUGGCGGCGGUCGGCGUACAUGGUAGGAUGGAGUUUGUGGCAGUGCGUGGGUACCGGCACGGAGAGGAUCAUCAUUAGCCGUGCGUCACACCAGGGCUAUUCCAAUGAAGUUUUGGCUGACUGUCUGCGGCUAAUCGAGCACAUCUACCAGGAGCUGCCGUCUAACGGAAAAACGCUGACGCUCAUCGUGCACAAGUUCCACUGGGACGUUGAUUUUUUGCCCAACAGCGGGCUGGACUGUGGGGUGCCCCGGGUCAGAGUCAUCUGGAAAGACUGCACGUUCUCCGGCCCGAAGGAGCUCUUCCACCGACAUCCCAUUAUCUACGGCGUCAGUCCCACGGGGACCACUGCAAACGGGGCCCUGGGACUGUACGGCGUGGUUGAGGCCAGUCUGCCGGAUUUUGAGGCCGAUCUACCGCGGUUGUCUGUCUGGAUCGCAGAAGCAGCCAGGGAAGGAGCAGGUUCUGCGCUUCGUCAGCGGAUCGAUCGGGUUCUCCAUGACUGCCAAGGUUGGUAUUAUGACACCGGUUCCUGUGUCAUAAUACCAAUCCGGGCGAUCCGCUCGACAUGGUAUGGUUGACGGUGGAUAUAGUGCAACGUAACGGGUUGGACGGCCUGACCAAGCUGACAUUAUACGCUCUGCAGCGCGAGAUGGCUGGCGGCGAGCCAACUUGCAUGGAAGGGUGAAAAUGUGAAAUUAUUACUUACCCCUCCGACGGCGCUUGCAUACAGAUUUCUUCAUUCAUGCUGGAUCUUGAGUGGACAAACCGGGCGGUGUCGAAUGAGCUGACAGAAAAGCAUACCUUUGUACUUAAAGCGAGAAAGUAAUUAUUUU